CGUCUCCUCACUCGGAGUCCAUCACCUCCCGCAAACCUGUGGCCCAGCCCCUCCCUCCUGCCCUCCUCCUCCUCCCCGGGCAUCGGAUCAAAGAUCCCCGCUCUAGUCAAACUGGGACGGGCGCAAUGAGAGCCGAGGAGAUGGGCGCGUGAGCACACCUGCAGUUGCACGAACAGGAGGCGCGCAGGCUCACAGGGAAAAGGCAAGAAGAAAUCUGAGCUGACGCAGGAGAGGAUUCCUGCCUCCAUGUCGGCUCCUGCUCCAGCCAAUCGUAGGUCUGCUGCGGGCUCUCGCCGAUUCAAUCCCCUGAAAGUUCUGCAGCCCAAACCCCGCCUAGAGCAAACGGCGGUGUCCCCCCCCGUGCCGGUGCCCAAGCCGGCGCCGGGAGCGGGUUCAGCUGCACACGCUGCCGCUGCACCGGUGGCUAUCCCUGUGCCAGCGCCUCCUACGUUCGACUACUGCAGGUUUAUAGAGCUAGACUACGUUCCCAUGGAAACGGGCUAUAUGGUCUCAAUGCGUCCAACUAAAGGCUAUGCAUCAACUAAGUCGCCGACUAAAGGAUACACAUCGACAAAGUCUCCGGACAGACACAGUCGGCCAACAAACUCUCCCUCCACCCCUCGUUCUCGGCGGACUCCAGCAGCUUCUAGCAAUAGAGAUCCCCAUGGAAACCCAACCCUCAGCAGCAGCAGCAACUCAGGCUCCUGUAAAGGCAGCGACUGCAGCCCCACUAAAGGACGACAGAAGUACACAUGUUCGGACAACCACGGGAUUCGUCCCCCUCCACCAGAGCAGUAUCUCACGCCGCUGCAGCAGAAGGAGGUGUGCAUCCGUCACCUACGAGCCAAACUCAAGGAAACCGUCAACACUUUGCAAGAUAGAGACACGGAGAUCGAUGAGCUGCGGGGUCAGCUGUACAGGAUGCAGGAGGACUGGGUUGAGGAGGAGUGUCAUCGCGUAGAAGCUCAGAUGGCUCUGAAGGAGGCACGUCAGGAAAUCCAACAGCUCAAACAGGCUGUGGAUACGGUCCGGGCACGGCUCAGCGAUGCCGGCGGCUUCAGCGGGGAUGCAGGGGUCCAAAAGUACUUCCAAGAUAUCAACGCUCAAAACCACAAGCUGGAGAACCUUUUGAUCAGCAUGGAAUUGGCUCAGGCUGGAUUAGCCAAGGAGGGAAGCUCCAUGCCAGGUUGUAGGACCCGUGUUGGGGGGUCAGCGCCAGCGUCUGUUUCUGGGGAAAGCCCAGGGGGUGCUCCCAAAUUAACAGUUGGGGGUAGGGGGUCUUGCUCUUGCGAUGCCUCUCCAGCCCGUUCUCUGACUCGAAGCUCCACCUACACAAAACUGAGUGAUCAAGCCCUGGCGGACCGCAACAGCAACGGGGUUGACUUUCCUUGUCUGUCGGGAGAUGGCACUCAGGACAGCGGCUUCGGGUGUUGCGGGGAAAACAGCAUCCCUAGCCGGACUGAUCUGCUGCUAGAAGCUGCCUACCUGUCGGAGGAAACAGCAUCUUUACUCAACUCCUACACACAGGCCUUUUCACACACUCUACCACAUUCUUCUCCCAAGUCUUUACCCAACACCAUUCCCCACUCCUACUCCCAUACCCUGCCUCAUUCUUUUCCUCACAGUAUGUCCCACUCCGUCCCCCACACCAUGCCACACUCCUCCACCUAUGAAAAGCUGUGCACGGGCGAGCAUCUUCCACCAUUUCAUUGUGGCUUGGGUGGAAUGAGUUGCAUGAGCCACCCCUGCUUGUCCCACCACCUGUACCUGCACCCCCUGAGAGAGAUGGGCAUUCAGACAGAGAGCUGUCCUCUGCCCACCACAGCGGGGUGUCCGUCUGACCUGGACACGAUAGCGGAGCAGCGCACUUUCCGCUCUCAGGCUUGCAGCCCCACGUCCACCUGGAUGUCUGACGAAGGGGAGGAGGAUCUGGACUCUAUUACGACCACAGCUUCAGUCACCACAGCAACAGUUAUGAGUACAGCCACAGAGCCCAUUCCAGUGUCCAAAACACCUCUGAUGCCUCCUUUGCCGCGGUCUGCCACUGUGGCAUUUUCCGUGGAGAAUCUUCAUUGCAUGGGAAACCACGGAGCUGAGGAAGUUGAAAAACAGGAGAAGGAAAAAAGGGAAAAGGAGGAAACUAUGGCAGAAAGUCCAGUCAAAGAGUGGCAGCAAGGAGGCUCUGAAAGCAUGGAGGUGGAGAGUAGGGGGAAUGAAAGGAGAAAAUCUCAGCCAAAACUGUGUGAUUUGGAAAAGAUUUUAGGCGGUGAGCUUCAGCUUGGAGUCUGCAGUGGAGAAACCAGGCAAGGUGAGACCAGCUUUGAAACCCCAAAAAAGGAGAACAGUCAACAGGAGGAUGAUGUCUCGCCUGAAUCUACCUACGAUGAGGCAGCUAAACCGAUCUUAACCCACGCUGAUUUAUCUCCAGGCGUCAAAGAGCCUCACACGUCCCAACCAAGGAGAUCGGCCUCAAAAGAGGAGGUAACUGGUGACGUGGUGGUGGAAGUGCAUGAUGAGGAUGGUGAAGAUAAGACUAAAGAACAAAGCGGGGAUACAGAUGAGGACGGGGAUGGGUCAGGGUCGGGGAAAAUACAAAAAAGCUACUGGAGUCGCCACUUCCUGGUGGAUCUGCUGGCGGUGGCCAUCCCUGUGGUGCCGACCGUGGCGUGGUUUUGCCGCGGCCCAGUUCGUGACGGACAGCCCAUGUAUCACAUAGGUUCCCUGCUGAGAGGCUGCUGCACUGUGGCGCUGCACUCUCUGCGCAGAGGAGGGGGGCUAAGGCAUUACCCUGCAGGCGGGGGAGACUUGGGGGCAUCAAAUAUAUAACUAGGCCUUCUUCUGUUUGGGGGGAACAUGUAUGGAAAAAAAAGGGGAGAAGAGCAACAUCUCCCAGCCUUUUUGUCCUUCAGAAAAGAGUACUGGGACAGGAGAACAUUGCUCUUUUUGGUCCUGCUUCUCAUCGCCUCUCACAGUUUGUGCUGUAGCUACCAAAACGGUUUGUCAGCUGGCUCUAGCAAAUGCAAGUAGCUGCUUGAAAUGAAUGAUCGAUGCCUGGAUGUCUGAGGGGGACUGUUACUCCAAAGUGCAGGGAAAAUGUUCGUUAAACUGUCAGCCAUCGUUUUAUCACAUGUUGGUGAAUGUGUACACAAUUAUAAUAAUAUGUCUUUAUUAGAGCAUACGUCCAACCAAGUCACAACAAGAUUCAGAGGAAAAACUCAAACCUGAUUGCCAACAUCCUCAACUUUAGAUGUCAGAAGAUCAUUACAGACGCAGAACUCAGGGAUGUUUUGAGGGUAGAAACACAGCCAGAGAUGAAGAACCGCCCCAACGCCAUAACCUUUCCUCUUAGUGUCUCAAAAAUCAAUCUUAAUUUAAUUAGGAGAAUGUACAGUAAAUGACUGUGGGAAACAGCUAGCUAUGGCAGCUGGCUGUGCAAAAGAGGCAAAUCAGAUUUUUACAAAUGUGCAUUUGUAAACCUUUUUAGUCUGUGUAGACAAUCUCAAAGCUAUGAGAGGUUAAAAAGGAAAUUGAUUUUUAAAAGUUUACCCACAAAAACCUUUUAAAAACCUAAAUUUGAGUUUCAUUUUGCCUGUUUUUUUUAGCAAAUCAAGAGUAGAAAUUAGUUUUUCUAAUAGUUUUUCAAAUCUUUUCCUUAACAUGUUUUAUUUAUGAUCUGUGCUGACUGUGGCGUAGGGUCUCAUUGAUAAAAACAUCUAUAAACUAAAGUGUUUGCAAAACCUUUCACUAUUCAAAGAAAAAACGUUUUGGUCUCUUUGGCUCAUUUCACCCUGUCAUAGAAACAUGCAAGGUUUUCCAAAGCAAAAUCAAUUGAUUUCAUGACAAGAAAAAAAAUAUCACAUUAUAAUGUGGUAAAUGACUCACACGAAUGUGUUCCUUUUUGUGGCCACCUUGAUAAAAUAAGAAUAUUUAUCAAUUAGGAGGCAUAAUCCUGCACUGCUGUACUGCAAUCAGUUUUCCUGAAAAAAGCCGUGAGAUCUAAAAGUCAGGUGAAUGAGUGAAGAAGUUCCAGAAGAUGCAGAAUAAAAAAAGCUUUCAAAGAGUAAAAACACACAGAUACAUUCUUAAAAUGUCAGGAAAACAUAUUGGACAUGCAGUAUUUCUACAUGUAAAUUGUUAACAGCAUUUAUGCUUUGUCUCGUGGCCGUCUUCAAAGUCAGUCACCCCCAUGUUGUUAGCUACCAUGGCUAAAGUGCUGAAAGGCACAGAAUAAAGAAAAAUCAGAUCAAUUUAGUCUUGAAAAUGAUAAAUUAAGGAGAUCAAACGCUGAGUGAUUCUGUCCUUCAGCUUCUGUUUUACCAUCAGUUUUUGAAAAAUUUCCAUUCAAGUGUUUUCCUCGAUAAGACAGCCAUCCUCUCAUCCCCCCAUCACACCUGCAGCUUCAUCUGUGAGGCCUAGAAUUUGCUCGACUUUUUACAUUCGAGUCACAUUUACUUUUUCAUUCCUCAUAGAGUGGAAUCUGAAUUGUUUCUCUAAUAGAACAUGUCUGAAUGGUGGAGGAUUGGAACGCAGAACAUGCAGUUCAACUAUUGACUGUUUAUUAGAACUGGACUGAGUGACCCCCGGUGUUUCAAUCCAGAAUGGUAAAAAUGGUGAGAGUGGUUGCCCCAGAAACCGACUCUGACCAAUCACAACUUGCUGACAAUGUCUGUUUCCAACAUGGCGGCAUCCAUUUGGAGAAAAAAAGGUGCCUGAACACUUGAAUGAAUACAUUUGGUUUAGGCCAGGAGUAAGCCAUUUACUAUGAUUGCCGUCACACUCAGUAGGUCCAGUUCUCUUAUAUAGUCAAUAGUACAACUGAAAACUGCUGUGUAUUUACAAUGAAAGCCAACAUAGAAAAAUGUGAAAGUCACAAGAGCACAGCUCAUUUUGUUUCUCUCAACACAUGAAUCUCUGCUGUGCUAUUUGGUGCUAUCGCUAUGUGCAACUGGCCAGGCGUUUGCUAAUUUACUCUUAAGAUGAAGGGGUAGCACAGGGCCACACCACCCUUUGAAAGAAAUUACAUUUCAUCAGAAAUGAAAGAAAGUAGAAAUUUCUUUUCUAUAAACUGUCAACUAUAAACUAGUCUCACAACAUUAUAUGAAUGUUGUUCUAAUAUAAACAUAGCGUUGAAGCGACUUUCCUGUUGAAGCUUCCUGAGGAGUCGAUGGAUUCAGUUUUGUGUCUGAUGUGUUUCUAUCUUAUCAAUAUGCAAAAAACCAGUGGGAGAAAACAUUAAGUUUGCUUUGUAUAAGUUAAUAAACCUCGUUAACAAAGGGCAGAAGAAGUGAAUGCAAACAAAACUGUGGUGGCAAUGUGGCAUCAAAAUAGAAGAAAAAGAAAGAAAAUAAAGAGUGGUCAACUUAAAUGAAAAGUCUAAGCUCCCCCCUCCUCCUCAAUUGCAAGUGCAGGUGAGCAGGCGCUUAUCAAACCUUUCUUCCAAGUGUUGCUAAUUAACUAAUGUACUAAUCCAGUUACAUUUGGUUUCCUUUCCUUCAACUCCAACUGUUCUACCCCUCUUGUUUGGUUCACUGUUGGCUGUGUUUCUACCCCGGGAAUGUUCUCAUUUGGUCUUAAACCAUUUAAAUAUAUAAGUUUAUUGUUAGUCAGUAGAAAAACACAUUUAUUUUCAUCUUUUUUUUUCAUGAGCUUUAGGAGUGAUAUCAUCGUGCUCAUUUAACUUUAGCCUGUAAAGUGUCACGUAUCUCAGAGCUUUUCUGCAAAGAAAGCUGGAACUGCAACUAUAAAUCUCGUAGAGAAGUCGAGUCAUAACCACCUCGGGCACUUUAAUGUGAAUGAAGCCAGUCUUGCUCAGUCUGUGACCUGUGCUGUAUAUUUCUGCUGUUGUUGUAUAGGCUUUUCCCGUCAGUCUGGUAUAGAGUGUGUGUUCCACUGUGCAAGAGUCCGUCACCGAGAACAAACCGCUUUAUUUAAAGAGAAUCUCAGAUCCUCCUGUGAUCCUCAUGGACUCUUCAAACAGAUGUGGAUCUGGUUGACAGAAAAAGAACAACUUUACCGUCCGUUGAUCUUCUGCAGAUGUUCAACUGUUUUUUGCUUUUCGGCGGAGAUACACCACCCUCCCAUCGAUGUGGAUCGAAUCAUCUCUAAGUCCUCUGUUCUGCCCUGAACAUUGUUUUUGUUGUUACAUUUAUCGAGAAAAAAAACUGCUUCAGAAUUUUGAUCAUCUCACUUUGAGAUGUGUUCAAAGAAGCUCGAGUACAAUGUUCAGAAAGGUUGUUUGGGUUUUGUCUUUCUUUAAAAAAUUCCUAUCUAGUUGUUCAAAAGGUAAAGUUCUAAAACAGAUUUUCUCAUCACAUCCACAUGAGUUUUCUUUUUCAAAAGAACAGACAUCAACAGUGCUGUAGCCUUUGAGAUGAUUGCCUUUAACUGCUUUAGUGGACCUUUUUGCAGUUUUCAACAAAAGAAAAUGCAUUUUUUGUCCUUAAAAUAGAUUUUUGUUUGACUUUACUUGAAUAUUAGCUUCAGUUCCCACAGGUGUCCCCCAAGGCUCACCUCUAAGACUCCUUCUUUAUUCUAUCCCAGAAUAGUGAACUUGUUUUUUUCUGCUGGGUUUGAGCAGCUGAAAUGACUGUUUGCCCCAAACAGUCUGAAACAACAGCAAAUAGUAAAAACUAAAAGGCCACACAAAACAAAGGAACAUAAUAAAUAGCGUUAAUGAUUAGAGAAAGAUCACAAAUAAGAUCUUUAAUAUCCAAAAAUAACUUUUGCAGCAAUUAAUGGGAUGGUUUAAUUUCUGUAAAAAGGGAAAAAAAAGACAAGCAAAAAACAAAUCCCGUCAAAACGUCCUCCAAAAAUGGAGGUUUGAACUAACGUUCUCAACAUUCUCCUCUCAUAUCCUGUUGGGACAUGGAUGUAGCUUUGGAUCCCCUCUUUCAGAAAAGCAUGUUUCCCACAAGAAAAACCUAAAAUGGCGGCUAUUUUUAAAGAUACAUUCAGGGUUUAUUAAAAGAUUCAAUUCCUAGUUGGCCCAGUCACAACAAUGUAGGCUGUUAAUGCUCAUAAUACCAUUAUAUUAUAUAUAUAUCAUAUGUAAUUGAAAAUCUUGGAUCGUCUUAUGGUGAAUGAGUUUUUCUGAAAGAGGGGAUCCUAAAGUACCUUUAUGACAGCUUUAGUGUUUGUGCCACAAAACGCACAAUUAUUUAGUUGAAGAUUCUGCUUCAACUAAUAUGCUUAUUAACAAUGUGUGUACAAAUGAUCCGGCUGUUAUCUCUGAGGCAUUCUGUCAGCAUUUCUCAAAAUCACCUCCUAUUGAAUCUACUUCUCAUUCCAUUUCUCACUGUGUUAACUUGUCCAGUGACAGUAUCUUUUCCUUCAGAAUGGUCAAUCCGACUGAUGUAGAACAGGUCAUAAAUGAGCUCUCAUCUACCAGUAGUGCUGGUCCAGAUGGCAUCGAAGCAAAAUUUGUUAAACUUGCUUCCCAUGUGCUUUGUUUUCCCUUGGCUGCUCUUUUAAAUCUCUCUUUUACCACGGCUGAAGUCCCCUUGGCUUGGAAACGUGCAAAAGUUAUACCUCUUCAUAAAGGAGGGAAAUCUAAUGACAUGAGCAAUUAUAGACCAAUUUCAAUCAUCAACAGUAUUGUCAAAGUAUAUGAAAAAAAUAUCUUUAAUCAACUUUCAGAAUACCUAACACUUAAUAAUAUACUAUCUCCUUUCCAAUCCGGUUUUCGAAAACAUUUCUCCACAACUUCAGCUUUGUUAAAAUUCACCAAUGAUAUUUUCUCUGGUUUUGAUAAUAACAUGUUAACUGGCGCCUUAUUUAUUGAUCUUACCAAAGCUUUUGACAUGGUAGAUCACUAUCUGUUACUGGACAAACUUCAUUCAAUUGGCCUUGAUAGAUCCUCGCUCCUUUGGUUCAACUCAUACCUUCAUCAUCGUCAGCAGUGCGUGCUUUUUAAUGGCAGCUAUUCCAACUUUCUAAGCGUAGACAAAGGCGUUCCACAAGGUUCUGCACUCGGUCCCCUCUUAUUUUCUAUUUUCAUUAAUGACCUUCCAACUAAAUGCAUUUACAGCAAUAUUCAACUUUAUGCCGAUGAUACUGUCAUUUACUCCUCUAAAUCCAACAUUGUUGACAUUCAGCAUUCAAUUCAACAUGAUUUUAAUUCUGUUCAAUUGUGGUUACAAUCCAAUAAACUUCUACUCAACAAAUCUAAAUCCUAUUUUAUGUUGUUUCAAAAAAGACUACGUCCUGUAGCUGCAAGUGAAAUACAUUUAACUUACCUGGACAUGUCACUUAUUUCAGUAGCAGAAAAAUUUAAAUAUCUUGGUUUGUGGCUUGACUCCUCUCUCUCUUUUAGUGCUCAUAUACAGUCCAUUGUCCACAAAUUUCGUAUCGUUUAAAAUUACUUUAUCUAUCAAUCAAUUGUUUUAGUCUCUCAGUCAGGAAGAAAAUCAUCUCACAACUGAUUAUCCCGACUUUAGAUUAUGGUGACAUCAUUUAUCAAAACACUACUCUCACUAACCUCCGACCACUGAACGUUAUAUAUAACAGCUUGUGUCGGUUUAUUCUUCGUUGUCCAUUUAGAACUCACCACUGUCUUAUGUUUCAGCAACUGUCCUGGCUUCCCCUAUCCUCUCGACGUCAAUUUCACUGGCUAUUGUUCAUUUUCAAAUGCAUUAACCUUAGCUAUCCAGACUAUCUCAAACAAUAUUUAACUCCUUUUCAGUCUUCUUAUAAUUUACGUCAUGCAGAUCAAAUUUUUUUUGCUGUUCCAAGAGUUAAAAAACAAAUUGGAAAAUAUUCAUUUAAUUAUAAGGCUCCCUCCGACUGGAACAAUCUUCCUCUAUCCAUUCGCUCUUUAACCUCAUUCUUUGCAUUUAAAAAUGCCUGUUUAGUUCAUCUUCAACACUCAUGUAACUGUUUUUGAUUUAAUUUGAUUUCUUUUCUGCCUUUUAUUUAUUAUUUUAUUUCCUUACCUUAAAUUAAUUAUUAAUUACUAGUAGGUGCAUUAAAUGCCUAUGUUUGUGUGUGUGUGUGUGGGUGUGUGCCUGUUUGUUGUCUUGUAAAUUUUAAGUUCUUUUUGUCUUGUUUUGAUAUAUGUAAAACUCAGCUGUAUCUGUCGGUUAUUUAUUUGCUUGUUUUGUUGUAUUUUGAGGACCCCCUUGAAAACGAGAUGAUACAUCUCAAGGGGCUUAUCCUCUAAACAAAUAAAUUGAAAUUGAAAUUGAAAUUUUAAUAACCAGUUCUACUAUGUGGGUGAGAGUAGUUAGGGGUUUGUUGAUUUAUUUUCUACACAAACCCAGACCAACUCUGUAAUCAGGAGUUAGUAUCCAGAAAAAUGACAAUAAAAAGAAGGUUCUACUCAGAGAAUCAUGUUCUGACAGCAGCCGCAUUCAAAUACAAGUGUCUCUUCAUAAACUGCAUUACUUUGCACAAUUACUUAAAGUAGAGAUUGUAUUUUUAUGUACCGUGUAGUUAUUUUUGUGUUGCCCUAAAGUCCAGCUUUUUUGGUUGAAAGAAAAGAAAUGAAUUUGAUAAAUGUUUGUCUCCACCCCUGAAGAACCAUCCCAGUGAAUCUCUCAGAAUUAAAUUUGUGGCACAGAAAGAUUUUUUUUUUGAGAGUCCUGCUUUUUUUUGGUUAUUCUAUUCCCGCCCCCCAUCAAUGUUUUGUGUACUCCCACCACUAAUAACUGUAUGAAAUGGAAAGUGAAAUACAAAAAGAAUAAGCCAUAAACUGUAAGUAGAGUUCAUGUUUGAGUGUGUAUUAAUCUGGAACGAUCAUCUGAAAGCCCCCGUUUAUCUCCUAUCCACAGCAACCACACGUUUGAUCAAAACACGUGGUUACUGGGAGUGGGAGGGGCCUUUGUUCUUCUGAAUGCCUGCUAUAUUUAUAUUAUUUUGUUGUUUGUGCAUCUGCUUUUAUUUUCUCAGCUUUUGCAUUCAUUUGGCCAAAAUUCUUUAAAAAUUUCACAUGAAAUCAAGAUGAAUGUAAAAGAAAACACAUAUUUUGACAGAUGGGUGGGAUUGAGGACAGGGUAAUUCUGCAUUUAUUCUACUAAAUUUUAAAAACUGUAUAUAUAUUUUCUUUAUUUAUAUAGUUUUAAAAAUAUUUUACUUUAAGCAAAGUAAGUAAAUAAAUAAAAAAAAUUAUCAAUAAGGGAUUUUAGUUUCCCAGUUCAGUGAAGUUGUAAAAUGCCAAGAACUCUUUGAAAGGAAAAAAAAUGAGGAACUAAAGCUGCAACAGUGUAAUAAGAAACUUUACACUUGGUCGUCUGUAAGUAAAAUG